CGUGCACACGAUCCGUCCGGCUCCGGAGGAAGGACCACAUCCGGGGCCUUGUGGCCGCGGCACGGUUGCCAUGGUACCAGGGCGGCUGGCAGGCCUCCCAAGCUGAGGGCCGAGCUCGCAGGACAGGGAGACCGCGCAGCGCUGCCGCUAUGAGCCUGGGCACCACAGAUCUAGCCUCGGAGACGGGAGAUGACAGUCUGUCUGCUAUUACCUUUGAUUCUGACGUUGAGUCGAAAACAAAAAGAAAAAGUUUCCACAAACCUCCUUCCACAUCACCAAAGUCACCCUACUACUCCAAGCCCAAAAAAGUGACCUCCUGGCGGUCUCUGAAGACAGCAGGGAGCAUGCCUCUGAGUAGCAGGAUGUCCUUGACCCCACAGAAGCUGUGGCUGGGAACCUCAAAACAGGGCUUGCUGGCAUCCUUAAAGCCCUGGAGCUUGAAGAAACAGAACUUGCCAGACCGUAUACUUGUACCUGUCCUGUUAAACCCAUGCACAUUCAAACCAGGAAGUGUGACCCAACCCCCGAGCUCCAUGCUUACCUCGGAGCACACGUGGACCCAACCCCCCAGCUGCACUCCCGACUACCUGACAGAAGCCAUGAGAGCGAAGAGGGCAGACCUCAGGCGUUCCGGCAGCCAUGGUCACGUCUCUGGGACUUCUGUCUACAGAGAGAAAGAGGACAUGUACGACGAAAUCAUCGAGUUGAAGAAGUCCUUACAUAUGCAGAAAAGUGAUGUGGAUCUGAUGAGAACAAAACUUCGACGCUUAGAAGAGGAGAACAGCAGAAAGGAUCGGCAGAUAGAACAGCUUCUGGAUCCAGGUCGAGGCCCAGACUUCGUGCGAACCUUGGCAGAGAAGAAGCCUGACACGGGCUGGGUCAUCACUGGGCUCAAGCAAAGGAUCUUCAGGCUGGAGCAGCAAUGCAAGGAGAAGGACAACACUAUCAACAAACUGCAGACGGACAUGAAGACCACCAACCUGGAAGAGAUGCGCAUUGCCAUGGAAACAUACUACGAAGAGAUCCAUCGUCUGCAGACCCUUCUGGCAAGUUCUGAAGCCACAGGAAAGAAGCCCAUAGUGGAGAAGAAGCUGGGUGUGAAGAGGCAGAAGAAGAUGAGCAGUGCCCUGCUGAACUUAACCCGGAGUGUGCAGGAGCUGACGGAGGAGAACCAGAGCUUGAAGGAGGACCUGGACCGAAUGCUCAGCAAUUCCCCCACCAUCUCCAAAAUAAAGGGUUACGUAGACUGGAGCAAGCCCCGGCUGCUGAGACGCAUCGCAGAGCUGGAGAAGAAAGUGAGUGCCUCAGAAAGCCCAAAGCAGUCUACUUCAGAGGUGGUCAAGCCGAACCCCCUGGUCCGCUCCCCAUCCAACAUCUCAGUGCAGAAGCCGCUGAAAGAGGACCAGUCCAAAGAGGACCAACCCAAAGUGGAUCUGUCUGAGGACCAAGAGCGUCUCCAAGGAACUGUGAAGAGCCUGAAAGAGGAGCUAAGCGCACUGCAGGAGCAGCUGCUGGAGAAAGACCUGGAGAUGAAGCAGCUGCUACAGUCCAAGAUCAACCUGGAGAAGGAGCUGGAGACGGCAAGGGAAGGCGAGAAGGAGAGACAGGAGCAGGAGCAGGCUUUGAGGGAGGAAAUAGAAGCACUCACCAAAAAGUGUCAAGAACUGGAAGAAGCUAAGAGACAAGAGAGAAACUCCUUAAUAGCAGUGACUUGUGAGGCUCACCCAGAGCUCCAUGCCCCCUCACCCUCCAGCAAGCACUCCGAGCCACACUCCGACAACAGUGCUGGUGAAGAGGGUGGCUCCCAACCCCCUGCCCCAUGCUCUGAAGAGAGGAGAGAGGCUGCCAUCAGGACCCUGCAGGCCCAGUGGAAGGCCCACAGGCACAAGAAAAGAAAAGCAGCUUUGGAUGAGGCAGCAACUGUGCUCCAGGCGGCCUUCAGGGGACACCUAGCUCGUUUGAAGCUUGUACGCAGCAGAGCCCCAGUCUCCAGGUCUCCCAGCCCUCUUAACCAGAGCUCUCCUACACCCCGUGUCCCAAGCCCCAUCUCCCGGGAUGAAGACAACCCAAUACAAGAGGAGGCCAUCAUCAUCAUCCAGUCCAUCCUUCGUGGAUACCUGGCCCAGGCCAGGUUCAUUGCCAACUGCUGCCGAGGGAUUGCUGUGUCCUCUCAGAGGGAAGCUGUUUCAGUGACACCCUCAGAAUCCGCCUCCCCACCCUCCCUCACACAUUCUCCCGAAUGGGGUCCAUCAGGAAAGGACAGCGAGGUGAGCAGUGCGGAGGCUGCUGAGGACGAAGAUGAGGCAGAGGAACCGCCUGACCUGCAGCUCUCAGCAGGAGCAAUAAGCGGGGAGCUCUAUGCCUCAGAGGAGCUGAGGGAGACCUCUGCAUCUGAGCCUGCCCCCUCCAUCCCUGACUCUGCCCAAGGUGGCCAUGGGGACUGCCCAUCCUCAUCCAGUCUAGAGGCUGUGCUCAGUGUGAAGGAUGCCCUGUGUGAGGAAAGGAGCAGCAGCACAGCAAGUGCAGGGCCAUCCCUGGCUGAACCCUCUCCCCCAGGACUGCAGCCCUUGUCACCACCACCUGUGGAGGACGUCUGCUCAGACGACUCAGAUGACAUUAUCUUUUCGCCAUUUCUGCCCAGGAAGAAAAGCCCCUCCCCGUUCUAGGACUCCAGCCAGUGCCUCCAGGUGAGGUGGCUGAGGGACAAGUUAGAGGACUCUGAAUUUGAGAAGAUGACUCUCUUGCUAGGGAAGAGCCCUGCCUCGCUCGGGAACACCUCAGCCAUCCAUUUUCUUAUGAGUUGUGCCUGUGCCUUGGAGGGAUGCUGGUGGCUCUGUGCUGUCCAGGGAUGGAGGGAGGGAGGGUGGCCAUCUCCCACUUCCGUUUCCGGCUUCAGCCCUUGUGUUUCCAGUGCCGGAAGAUAAUGUCCACUCCAAGUGAGGGCAGCAUGGAGUCCUGCAAAGAUGAGAACUCUAGAAAAGUCUACUACCUGCCCUUAACCUUGACACUGUCAGCGGCCAUGUUGGCCUAGCCUUCCUGGUCCACUGCUGCCCAAUGCCUUACCAGGUGCUAUAGUUAAGUCUCCCGUACCCACAGCGGGGUGCAGUCAUAGGAGAGCCAGCAAGAAGCUAUGGACAUCAGGGUCCCCCACUGAGUUCCUGUCCCUUGGGCUCCUUGUUCCUCCUGUUCUUAUCCCCCACCACCUCCAUCCCCCCACCCCAGGAGGAUGAACUCUGGGAAAAGUACCAGGCAGCGUCAACACAGCGUGGCAUUGCUGCUAUUAUAAAGCAGCCUGAGGAUGGCUCAGCUCAUCCAGACACAAGGCAGACAGCAGGGCCAGGAGGCAGCCCAUUGUCCCAAAGGAGAUAUAUCUCAGGGAAGGACAAAGUCCAGUACUGCCCUGUUAGGUGUGCAGAGGCACCUGCAGGCCAACAGUGCCAUCUGGCCCACUCGGCAGCUUGAGGUGUUGGUCCCUUGUCCGUGCAAUUAGCUCCUAGCAGUGGGUGAGAAUGAGGGACUUUGGGCUUGGACAGGGUUUUAGGAUUAUCCAGGCUCCAUGUAGCUUAGGCCUGCUGCUCAAGUGUCCCCUUCAGAGUACCAUCACUGGAGAUGCAACUUUCUUGUCCCAUAGGACUGAGAUUUGUCUCAGGAAAAACCUAAUGUUAUAAGGCUCCUACUUGGACUAGACCAGUGGGGAUACCCAAAGAGGUUUGCUUUGGGGGACCGUUUAGUUCCUGGCAUCCUUCUCCGCAAAACACCUGCUUGAUAUGGUACACAGCAUGCCGGGCAUGGGACGCUCAGAAGUGAGCUGGGCUUGGCAGUUAGACCAGGAAGAGGGGGCCCAGCUUUGUCUACCUGCUCCUGGAAGGUUUAAGUACCCCUAAUACUCUGAUGGGACCAGGGACAGCUGCCUAGCCAUUUUUCUCCACCAGGGGGCAAAAAAACCCAACUCAGCCAGGACCCUGGCUGUCUCAUUUGGCCUGUCAGCCGCCUGCCAAGUUAGUUUCUCAGUGAACUGAUGGUAACUUUACUCAUGGCAGCCGACUGGAGCCCUCUGUAGAUCUGCUUCCUUGUCAGAACUUGGCUGUGUUCCCUAUGAUUGAUGCCACCGCUUGAGGCUUCAGACCCCACCCACUAAGGCACAAGAAGACAGCGGCUACAGGGGGUCCACUACCGACACUCUGUCCCCUCCCUAAUUUAAUGGCAACCAUUUGUGCAUUGAGUGUUGCAAGUGAGGGAGCAGUCAUGAGUUCAGGGUGGGGUGUUUCACCUUCACCUGGGGGGGUGCUCCACCUCAGGAAAAGGGACUAUGCAAGAUGUCACCCCAGCUGCAGGGCAGGUUCUAUAUAUCUUAGGGCCAACCUAUACACCCAGCCUGGCCAAUGGAGAGUGAGGUCUGAUCAGCCCUCUGCACUUGGGUUUUCUAAGAACACACCUCCAAAAAACAGGAAAGCUGUAACCCUCCUGUCCUUUGGUGUAGCAGCUAAUCUAUUAAAGGCAAAGCCUGUCUUGAAGUUGCCCCAGUAAAUUAGGGUGCCUUGAAGCCU